CCUUCCGCUUCUGCCUCGCGGCAACGGCCUGCCCUAUACGCCGCCACCUGAUUUGCUCGUCCGGUCGUGCCCACGACCCCACCCACCCCCGCGUCCGUCCCGCCGUCGGCGACUCGGCGUCCUGCUGAUUGCAGCGUGGCCGCGCAAGGAGUGCUCGUAGCAGCCCCCGCGCCCUGAUUCAGUCGCCCAUGGCGAGGAACCCAGGCUGCACCGUCUUCAUAGGUAACUUGGAUGAAAAAUUAUCUGAAAGGGUCUUGUAUGAGAUUCUUAUUCAGGCAGGCCAUGUAGUAGACCUACAUGUACCUAGUGACAAGGAGAGUAACAGUCGCAAAGGUUACGCCUUUGCUGAGUAUGAAACCGAGGAAAUCGCGCAAUACGCUGUUAGGCUUUUCUCAGGACUUGUUCGGAUCAAUGGUAAAACGCUUAAGUUCGUGAUUGCUGGUCAUGACAAACCGUCUUCAAAUGACAAUAACUCAGUAAUGCUCAAUCCUGUACCCUCUUCAAAUGGCAAUAACCCACAUAUCCGGUGGUAAACGGGAGGAUUGGAGGUUAUGGUUUUUCUCCCAUUCCUUAUCCAUAUGGUUUUCACCCACAAGCUUUAUCAGGUGGACCAGUACACAGCCAUGGCCAGCCUCAUUAAUCGAUGGCGUAGCGGCACAUGCACGAACAAGAACAAGAGCACUUGUUCCGUUGUUCGUCGGCCUCGAACAAGCGUGCACGACCUCGCGCCGAUCAGGGCCCUCACACGCGUCGUGUGCCGAUGGAGGUGGAGGGCGACGGCACCGCAGGCGCAGGAGACGGCGGCGUGGACGACGUCUUCUUCUGUGUCGCCGCGACGACCAGGGGCAACAGGAACAACAUCUCCUACUUCCAUACCAACGCGGUCGGCGAGGACGCCGAGUCGGCGCUCACGCUCGCCGCGCUCUGCCUCGACCACGCCCCCGAGCACCACCGGUGGCACCACCACACCGUCGACGGGGCCAGGACGUUCGCGUUCCUCUCGGCCGACGACGGCCGCACCUACUUCGCCGCCGCCGACCCGACUCCCGGCGCCGCGGAGGUGGUCCGGUUCCUGGAGCGCGUCCGCGACGCGUGCGACGCCGCGCCCAGGAAACGCCUGCGCGAGGAAGCGGUGGCCCCCGUCGCGCGCCAGUUCGCGAGGACGCUGCGGGGCGUGGCGGGUCCGAGCUCCGGCGUGGCUGACGCGGAGCUUCCGGAAGCCUCGCUGCAAGCGCAGGAGCCGUCGACGCCGCUGCAGGCCCUGGCCAGCGAGAAAGGCGAGGAGCGCCAGAGGGCCGGAGAGCGACGUCGCGCCUUGCAACCGGGGGAAAGCGCGCUUCCGGGGUGGCGCUCGUGGUCGCGCCACGCAACGGUCGUGAUCGUCGUGGAUGUGGUGCUGUGCCUGGUGCUGUUCGCCGUGUGGAUGGGGGUGUGCAAAGGAUUCAGGUGUCUGACGCGAUGAAUCGCUCAAGCGUAUGCAAUUGUAAUCACUUAUUUGUGUUUGCUUCAAAUAUCUCAUCUACAAGUUGUAAAAGAUCUAUUUAGAAACGACGAGUCAUGCCUUCAACAAUGCAUGCAUUCAUCA